AUGUUACACACCCUCUCCCUGCUGCUUAUCCUAGCCCUGAAGGGACUGUCUACAGAUGAAGCCCCUGAAGUGGUACUUGAAGGUGUAGCAUCCCAGUCCAGCAUCUAUGACAAAUAUGGAAACCCUGGCAAUGCCAUUGAUGGGUCCCCGUCCAGUGAUUACCUGAGAGGAAAAUGUAGUCACACGGACUUAGAUAUUAAUCCAUGGUGGACACUGGAUUUGAGAGCGAGGGUUCAAGUGUUCAGAGUAAAGAUCACCAAUCGAGGAGACUGUUGUGAAGAGCGGCUAAACGGGGCUGAAAUCCGAAUUGGGAGCUCGCCGGAGAGAGGCGGCAGAACGAAUCCCAGAUGUGCCCAGAUUGACUCCAUGGGCCGUGGGGAAACACGCUCAUUUGACUGUGAAGGAAUGCAAGGGCAGUAUGUGACUGUGACCAUCCCAGGCACAGAAAAAUACCUCACGUUGUGUGAAGUCCAAGUGUUUGGUCUACCAGUAAAUUCUUCUGGUAAGUAG